AUGCUCUAUGAUAGAUCUCGCCAGUUGUUUCCUGAGUUUAGCAAGGAUUUCGAGCACGAAGACAAGGAGAUCCACAACACCGCGUUCGUCGAACUGAAAGCCAAGAUGGACGAGAAAGGCAUCAGUGUCGGGAGCGAGAUUUUGAACAUUGUAAACCGGGUGCGGGACAAAGCCGCUGCUGCAGUUGGUGCUUUAGCCAGCGACGCGACGGGUGAAGAGCUCGGUGCAACCACUCACGCGCACUCUGUCGUCACAAAGGCUCUCGAGAAUGAACGCGCUUCGAAGGCACUCGCCAGACGGCUAUGGUUGUCUCUUUGCGCCGCUGGGAAGGACGCCGUGUAUAAGCAAGACAUACUGAAUAUGCUGGGACCGAACCGCGAGGACGAAGCGGAAGAGAUAUUCCACAUCUUGGACCGUGACGGCAAUGAAGAUGUCAGUCUCGACGACAUGACAGCCAUCGUAGUCAAUUGUGGCCGGCAGCGGAAAGACAGAGCCAGCAGUAUCCGGGAUAUCUCCGACGCGAUAGCAGUUCUUGAUAAGAUACUAAGCGUGAUCGUCAUCAUCGGUAAGUAGUAUCGUAGUGAGAUUCGACGACUGGCCAUCGAAGCUAAUAGAAGACUUAGCUAUUGCCUGCAUCUACGCUCUGGCAUUCAGCAGUAAACUUGAGUCACGCUCAAGCCAGAUUUGGGUGUCCUUCGCCAGCCUGUCAUUCAGUAUCGGCGGCACCGUCACGGAGUUCUUCGCUUGCUGUAUCUUCCUGUUCGUGAAGCACCCGUAUGAUGUUGGAGAUCGAGUCGACAUUGGGAAACAGGAGCUUGUCGUCAAACAGAUCAGUCUGAUGUACUCCAUCUUCAAACGGGUCGAUACCGGCAGCGUGGUUCAGAUUCCCCGUGAGUCCGCCCCCCUGGAAUGGGACGUACUAGAGGAAACCGCUCCAAUCACAGACCUCUCAAAGCUGAUUCUCAUUACCAGACAAUAUCGCCAACACGCUCUGGAUCGAGAACAUCAGCCGGAGCAAAGCGAUGAAGGAACGCGUCAAGGUCAAAGUCUGCUUCGGGACCAAAAUGGAAGAAAUCCUAGCCCUCCGGAAAGAGAUGGAGAAGUUCGUCAAUGCUCCCGAGAAUCGCCACGACUUCCUCCCCGACUUCGACAUCGAAAUCACCAGCGUCGAGGACCUCUUUGCCCUGGAACUCCGAAUCGAACUCCGGCAUAAGAGUAACUGGGCAAAUGAAUCUCUCCGUCUCCAUCGACGUAAUAAGUUCAUGUGCGAACUUCUUGCUGCGUUUCGGAGGAUCCCGAUCGAGCGGCCGGGUGGGAAUUGGGGACCUGCAAACCCAAGUUACAUGUGCGAGCUUACGAAUCAGGAGGCGAAUGAGUGGCAAAAAGUCCAGGCGGAGAAGACUGAGGCCACGAGGUUGUAUCCGACGAGCAUUCCGCUCUCUGAGCUCUUGCCAACUCGAGACUCAAGUCCUGCGCAAGCAAUGUUUCCAGGCUUGAGACAAAGAACGCCGGGCAGUGCGUACGGUAACACCGGAAGACAUCCUUCAGGUCCGGUUUGGUCGCCUUUAUGA